UGAUUUUGGUUAUUGCCCAAAUUGUUGGUACAAUUGCAAGAUGGCCGACGAGAAACCCGGGAGCGUUGAACAAGAAGGUGAGCACUCGGAAAACUUGGUCGAAUUCGGACGCAGUCUUUUGGCUAUGGAAAAUCUGGAUAGGGCUUCGCCAGAAAUGUGGCCAGAGAAAAUUCCAGGUAUGACAAAGUUUAUGAACAGCCACAAUAGUUAUACGUCACACAAAAUGCCCUAUUCUAGAGAACUCAAUGAGGAGGAUCAGAAUUAUUUACAUCAAUUGGCAUCUUUAUCAACAUCAGGUUUGAUAGCUAAGGUGAAAGAAUUACAUGAUAUCGCCUAUCAGUUAGGAGUUGAGGAGUCAAAGGAAAUCACAAAAGGCAAAUAUUUGAAUUUGUUCAAUACAUCCAAGGUUGAUGAGUGACGCUGACAAUAACUUUUUAAUUUUCUGUUUUGUUUUUGUAUCAUAAAUUUUUGUACAUAUUUGAAUCUAGAAAUAUUUAUGUGUAGAUUUAGAUAAGAAAAUAAAUUAUUUACUAUAAACUUACAGGCAUACUUGUC